UCUCUAGACAUCGCCUCUUGCUCUGUGAAUGCAGGCGUCCCAGAAGGGUAUCUGUAUCUGUUCUAUUUUUACUGACCAGUUGCGGUCUGGCUGCAGCUUAAUACCCCCAUCCUUUCCUCAUCUCUUCACAGUCUGAAAUCUUCCAUCCUUCAGCCAGCACCUCCCUCCCGCCUGGACUGCGCUAGGCACACAAUUCAAUUGCACGAUGCCUGAACAGUAAAGGAAAUCCAAAAUCACAGCCUCGCGCAAACUCCUUUUGAAGAGUUUGAUGCUGGCUAAAGCUAAAGAACAGUGGGAACAAGAGCAAGUGGACAAACAAGGAGAAAAGGAGAGGUAUUUGGCAGAGAGGGUCACACCUCUGCGGACCAGCGGACUUUCGUUUGCCCAACUCCAGGAUCUGUGCAGAGAGCUGCAUGAGAAGGUGGAUGUUGUGGAUGAGGAGCGAUAUGACAUUGAAGCAAAAUGUAACCACAACAUGCGGGAGAUUAAAGACCUGAAACUGAAGGUGCUUGACCUUCGGGGGAAAUUCAAACGUCCUCCCUUGCGGAGGGUCCGUGUCUCUGCUGACGCUAUGCUUAGGGCUCUGCUUGGCUCUAAGCACAAAGUAUCCAUGGACUUGAGAGCCAACCUCAAGUCUGUCAAAAAGGAGGACACUGAGAAGGAGCGUCCUGUAGAAGUGGGUGACUGGCGUAAGAAUGUGGAGGCCAUGUCAGGAAUGGAAGGCAGGAAGAAAAUGUUCGAUGCUGCCAAAGCUCCAACAGGACAGUGAGAAGGCCUGCAUGGAAAGAUGAAGAUCCUGUCCCACAGUGCCUGCACCUCUUUCUUUCCUCCCCCUGCCCGUGCUCCCUCGUCUUGCCUCAUCUUCCUGCAUUAGCUGUAGAGUCACUGCAUGUACAGACAUUAUUAAAAGAUAACUAUGACUUUGCACUUCAUGCCCUCUCAGCCCUUCAUGAGCCCAUCGGGCUUCCUGUGGAAGCACCCAGCAUCUUGCUAGCAUGAGUUCUGAUUACUAUUGCAAUGAUCUUGCACUGCAGUCUUCCCUCCAAGGCCAUAUCCUUGGCACUUUGCAUUCUAUUAGGGGCAGAGGGAGAGGCAUGCCAGGUCUAAGAUUAUGAAUCUGUAAAGUGCAAAAGGAAAGAGGAUCCUGUAUCAUAGAUGAUCAUUCUGCACAAAUCUUUUGACCACACAGAGGGCUGUAUUGAUGCUAUAACUUACUGACUGAAUGAAUGCUGUUAAUGUCAUUGCUAGGGAAGCUUUGGUGCUCUGUCUUUCUCAAUCAAAAAGUCCCCCUGUCCCUCCAUGCUGAUUCUUCUGAUACAUGCAGUUUGGGGGGAUGCAAACAUUGUUUCUCUCUGUACAUUAAAAACAACAACACAGCAGCACUGAGAACGAA